GACGCCCGGACCGAGGCCAGGUGGUAGCGGCGUGCGGCGAGGCGGGGCAGGGGCGGGCAUGCCGGGCCCCUCGCCCGGCGGCUCCCCGGAGAGGGAGACAGGGGCAGGCGGGCGGCCGCGGGGGCCGGGCAGGGACCGGCGGGUGCGGUUCCGGCUGCCCCACACGGCUAUCGCGCUGCCGACGGUGCGCGAGGAGGAGCGGCUCUUCUACCGGCGGCUGGAGGCACUGGCGGUGCCGGGGCCCGGCGGCUUCGGGCCACUCUUCGCCGCCGACGGCUGGAGCGACCUGACGGAGGACCGGCUGCUCCGGAAGCGCGUGGUGCGGGCCGGGCCGGGCGGGCCACAGCCGCGCCCGGGCCAGGAGGUGUCGGUGAAGGUGCUGGGCGCCCUGGAGGACGGCGGGCUGGUGGAGCGGGACCCGCGGCUCACCUUCGUGCCUGGCCACGGGGACGUCGUCCAGGCGCUGGAGCUGGGCGUCCCAACCAUGCAGCCCGGGGAGAUCUCCUUCUUCCUCGCCGCCUGCCCCUACGCCUAUGGCCGCCCAGGCAGGGAGCCCGACGUGCCGCCCGAGGCGCCGCUGCUGUUCGAGGUGACGCUGCUGGAGGUGCGGGACGGCCCCGACCCGCAGCCGCUGCCGCCCGCCGUCCGCCUGCGCCUGGGUUCGCAGCGCAGGGAGCGGGGCAACUUCCAUUUCGCGCGGGGCGACUUCGCGGCGGCGCUGCGCUCGUACCGGCUGGCCCUGCACGCCCUGGAUGGCCCCGCUACCGCGCCUCCCGGGCCCGAGGAGGAAGAGGAGCUGCAGGAGCAGCGCGUGAAGUGCCUCAACAACUGCGCGGCCGCCGAGCUGAAACUGGGGCGGGUGGAGGAGGCGCUGGCAGCCUGCGAGGCGGCCCUGCGGAUCAGCCCCGACAACGGCAGGGCACUGCUCCGGCGGGGGCAGCUGCUGGCGGAGCAGGGCCGGGACGCAGAGGCCGCGCUCGUCCUGAGGAGAGCCCUGGAGCUGGAUCCAGCCAGCAAGGUGAUCCACGCCGAGCUCUCUCGGCUAGCAAAGCGCCAGAGCGCCCCAUCUAGCACCGCCUCGCAGGACCCCCGCCACGACCCGAUGCCGCCGCCGAGCCCCGGAUCUCCUGCACCGCCCACGGCGGAAGGAGCGGUCUGAGCGGCCCCGCAGCGCACCGGAGCCCGACCGAGGAGAGAGGAACGCUCCCGCACCAUCCUCCCUUCAUUGCCCCGCACUCCCUGGGGUGGAGAAGAGCGCUGCAGUGGAGGAGGACGGCGGGCGGGAGGGCUGAGGGGAGGAGCGGGGCUGCAUAUCCCCCUUCCUCUCCGUCCCGCGUCGCUCCCCCCUCUCCGCAGCGCUUUCCGCCCGGCUCAUGACGUCACAACGGGGCGUGGCCCCGGCGCCACACCCCCUGC